GAAUAGUAUUAAUCAUACUAGCGCCCCUCUCCAGCAGAGCCUCCAUCAAAUCCAAACGAAUACACCAGCCCCUAUAUACCGGUACAUCGACACCUCUCCGCAUCUUGCAUGUUCUUCCCUCGCCUGUUCCGCACCUCCUGCACCACCAUCGCCACAUACCCCCGCGUGUUCUCCCUCCAAAUGUCUCAUUCCGCAAUGUCCGCUCGCCUAGCGGGUAAGACCGUCCUGAUCACUGGUGCCUCCUCUGGGAUCGGUCGUUCGACCGCAAUCGAAUUUUCCAGGACCUCUCCUACAAUAAAAUUGAUUGUUGCCGCGCGAAGGGAAGAGGUUUUGAGGGAGCUUGCUGCAGCCAUCGAGAAGGAGAGUGCUGGGGCUACAAAGGUGCUGCCUGCUCGUCUGGAUGUCUCUGAUCCGGUGGAUGUGAAGGGUUUUUUGGCCAGGCUUCCCGAGGAGUGGAGAGAGGUGGACAUAUUGGUUAACAAUGCGUAUGCUUCCGUUGCACCACACUGUUGCCUACAUUCCGUGAUGGAUGAUACGAGGUCUAGUUUACUGAUGUUUCUGUUUGUUUGUCACAGUGGUCUUGUCAAGGGCGUUGAAACGGUUGGUAACAUCGCGGAAGAGGACAUCGACGUCAUGUUCUCCUCAAAUGUCACGGGUCUCGUCAACAUGACCCAGCUUAUCAUGGCGGGCUUCAAAUCCCGCGAUCGCGGAGACAUAAUAAACGUCGGCUCCAUCGCUGGUAGAGAACCGUACCCGGGUGGAAGCAUCUAUUGUGCGACCAAGGCUGCCGUCCGCAGCUUCACUGAUUCUCUGAGGAGGGAAUUGAUCUCCACACGGAUCAGAGUUAUGGAGAUUGACCCCGGACAGGUCGAAACCGAAUUUUCGCUCGUGAGGUUUAGGGGUGACAAGGCCAAAGCUGAUGGAGUGUAUGCGUACGUCUCUCCCCACAGCCUCCGGUCUACGUUUGGGGACCCCUGACUCAAUUUGUGCGUGAACAGCGGAUGCGAACCACUUACCCCGGGCGACAUCGCCGAAAUCAUCGUCUUCGCCGCGGGCAGAAGGGAGAAUGUCGUACUUGCCGAUAUGAUGGUUUACCCGAGCCACCAGGCAGGCGUCGGAGCAAUCCACAAAGAAUCGUAAAUAGGAGACCUUUUCCCCUCCCUCUUGAUAUACGUGCGCGCAGUGCAUCCCACCGGUGAAACAUCUUCCAAGUUCCCCAAUUGCUGUGUCAUAGCACCCGAGGGGGCCUGGAAAUCAAUCGAUGGAUCAAUCAACCAAUCCCUUGCUCCGCCCAAACGAUGUGCCGAAACCCCCCUCUUUCCUUUUCGGGAAUUUAACCCGUUUCGGAAGAUCGGCCCAAUACCCUAUAAUCACGUGCAAAAAAAGGAGCGUUCGAGUAGAGAGACUGCCGGUAUGACACCGUAUUGACCAUUAGACUUUCGGCUGCUACGGGACAGAUUCUACCAUUUCCCCAGAAGAUCAUUAAGCACUAAUAUUAGCCUAUCUAUCCAGAGUAAAUAAUAACAAAACAAGCCUCGAGACGAUCCCUCGGGGUAUGUGUAGCGCACGUGUCCAACUGUCCGUCCAAGGGAUAGAGGGGGUUGGAUGUUUAAUACUGGAGGUAAGGAGUUGUGAAAGACGGGGGAGUCUCGUGUUGUGCAAUAGUCGUGAAUACCAUUGCUUUAUUUGUCAUGGAUCAUGUGGUCAUAGUGUAUCACUCGGUUUUAGAGUCAUUGUCUCGCGAGUGAGUGGAAAGGGGUACGAUAGGAUGGGAUAGGAUACUGAGCGAAGGGCAAGAAUGUUGGUGUUUAAGCGAGAGCCUUUGCCCAUAUAGAUGCGGACGCAGAUACUAGGGAAGCGCGGAGUGAGAUGGAAAUGUGAAGGGAAAGAAUGAGCUCUUCAGUGAAUAAACCGGCAGUAUGGAAGGGAGCGAAGGCCGACAACAUGAAGGAUUUUAAGAGAUUGGGGAUGAAAGGGCUAGACACAAUUAGUGGGGACUCUGGGAGUCUAGCCGGAUCACCGAAUAGCCUGACCGAUAACGGAGGUUUCCGUGAUGUCCAACGGAGUGGUCGCGGGGGGUCUGGGAGGGUUGAUGAUGGUUGGAUGAAUGACGAUGCAUCGCGGAAGGGAAGGCACCGCGAUUAAGAACAUUUUGACGAUUUUUUUUUUCCGAGCGGGCUGAGAUGCGGUGCGCGCACUAUGUAGGAAUAAGGAAUGUCCUGGUAUCAUCGGUAUAUAUCAUAUCACACAAAUGGGGGCAGCUUUACAAUUGCAUUGGACAUGUUGUAAUUCCCUUAUCCCUGGACCAAAAAUCCAUGUAAACGAACACUAUUACUUCAGAUGUGUCCUCUAACUGCUUGGGAGGAAAAAAAAAAAGGAAUUUACAAGACACUGACGGCCCCAU